AACAACACAAAAACAUGUGAUUUGUUAGGGCUUUCGAUUCGAAUAUUCGAAACAUUCAAAUUAACAUCAACAUGGCAUCGAAUCAGAUUUUGGGUCAUUUAUUUCGUAUCUGUUCCAAACAUCCAUCAUCAUCAUCAUUACCAUCAUUGAUUGUUUGUCGACAAUUUCGCAAAAAUGCAUUCAAACCAUGGUUAAAAACUUCGUUACCUGAAUCGGUACAAUCCGAUGAUCCAAUUGUAUUAUCGGCAAGAAAAUCAUUUGGUAAAACAAUAAUACCUGAAGAAUUAUCCGAAUUACGUUUUGCAUAUCCAGAAUUUUUACCCAUUUCCGAAGCUAAAUACAGAAAUCCUGUAUUAGAAAUGAUAGUUCGUGAAGAUAUGAUAAAACGUCGUAUGAUGAUUGAUAUACCGGAAUUUUAUGUCGGUACAAUAAUGGCCGUCACUAUAACCGAUCAUUGGGCAUCGGGUAAGCUAAGUAAAUUUGUCGGUAUCUGUAUUGAACGUAAUGGACAAGGAACAUUUGCUAAUUUUACAUUAAGAAAUCGUGUCGAUGGACAAGGUGUUGAAAUACGUUAUGAUCUUUAUAAUCCGGUUAUACAAGAAAUACAAGUGUUAAAAUUGGAAAAACGAUUAGAUGAACAUUUAUUAUAUCUACGUGAUGCAUUACCUAAAUAUAGUGAAAUACCAUUUGAUAUGGCACCAGAACCACCACGUAAAUCGGGUGAAUCAAUACCAAUCAAUACUAUACAGGUUGAAAUGAAACCAUGGCCAUGGACAAGAAAAUGGGAAUAUCAUGAUUUAAAAGGAAUUAAAAAAUUACCAAAUAUGCCUGAUUAUAAUUAUAUUAAUCGAUGGAAACAUCAAAAUGAAUUGGAACGUUUUGAUUUAAUGGCCGAAUAUCGUUCACAUAUACCUGAAGAACAGCAACUAUCAAUAUGGAAUCAGGUACAAAAACAUCAAAUUAGUGUAAAAAAAUCACGUGAAAUUGAACGUCGUCGUAAAUUGAUUAAAUAAAUAAAUAUUUUUUGGAAAAAAUAAAAUCAAUUUUUUUCUAUUUAA